CUCGAUUUUCAAUUUCGAUCCAAAGCGAGUUCGCCUCAAUAGAAACUGGUAGGAUACGGCAAUGGUGCAACUCGCGAACGAGCUUAAAUCUUAGGUAAUUUGGUGUGUUUGCGGGCGCUCGCCGAUUCAAUAAAAUCUCCACUUCCUUCACCAACCACCGAAAUGGAGCAGGAAUACACAGCCAACCCGUCUAGGGUCUCGCUACCGUCCGAAAUAAUACUUCUCAUAGUUGAGAGCUUGGCCCCGGCGCGCACAAACAUAACUCUACCGCCCAGCCAUGAGAUAACCAAGACCCUUGUCGCCUUGACGCGGGUCUGUCGCGCCGCGGCCGCCGCUGCUUCGAAGCUCCUCUGGCAAUUCUGCUCGCACAUCGACUCCCUGAAGAGGCUUGUCGACUUCAGAACCGCUUUGGACUAUCUGCCUCAAGACGAUACUCGCCGCCCGACCAGUCUCUUCCUGGCCGUGUAUGAGGAUGAUUCAGAUGUCCCGGACGUGGCUUGGACCCCGCACAACUUGCCAGUGCCGUCCCCGCAGUUUGACGACAUUCAAUUUGCCACUGCCGUCCAGGGCCUUCUCCUCCGCGUCGCGCCAACUCUGCGGCGUUUGGUGAUACACAUGCCGCGACUGGCGCAGGAUCAUGAUCGCACAUUCGAGCUUUUGCGCGUAGGAUACGAGGCCCUCGUCAACCUGGAGGAAUUCGUCAGCAUUGGAGACCGAUUUUCCUUUGCGGGGUUCCCACGGAGCGCCCCAGACCGGGAUGUCUGGGUUACAUGCUGGCCGAAGCUGCGGCGGUUGGCACUUGAUAUCUCGCUCAAUAAGAAUGUUUUUAAAGGCUUGACUCGUCUGCCGAAGCUAGAGACGGUCGUAUUCUCGUUCAUGGAGUAUCCCGUGCCUCAAGCUGCCAAAUUCCGAGACGUCCUUCUUAGGGCACUUAACACCUAUCCCGUGGUUCCAGGGAUCGAGGAGAGGAAAUUACUCAACGUAGGACUUUUCGGUGGUGGUUGUGAGUUGAGCUACGCCGGGACUGAGGAGCCCAACCGUCGAACUCGCAUUUGGAAUAUUGACGCGGCUGUAUUUGCCGAUCCCAAUCGACCAUAUGAAAGCGAUAAUGUCCGCAUUCUUCGUGGGCUGGAACGGAAGAUAUCUAACGGUACACUAUGGGAAGUGUCUCGCUGGGGGUUGGACGAUUGACUCGACUGUAAGACGUUCCGGGACCACUACGGUGUUGGGUUCUAUGCGCUGCAUGAAUAAGGGAAGGCCAGGAAUGCUUUGAGACUACUUAGGCUUUCCGAAAUAAAAUCUUUGAAUGCCUCUUGA